ACAACACUUCACAGCCUCUUUCUCUUUCUCUUUCUCUCUCUCUUAGUUGAAUUUGACUUUCGAAACCCUAGCCUAAGAAUUCAGAAUCAACUCAAAACUUGUUGCUCUCAUCAUCAACACUAGGAGACAGAGACAUUCCGAGUGGCUACUGGCUAGGUCCCUUUGAAACAGAUACUGCUUUUGUUGUUUGAAAUGAGGUAAUGUUUCUGAUUUGGUAGUGUUCCAUUGAGAGGCUCUUUGGUCAUGGCUAGGCGUCAUGGAUGGGAGCUCCCUUUUCACACUUUUCAGGUGGUGGCUAUCACAGUUUUUUUCUUGCUAUCCAUUGCAUAUUAUGCCUUCUUUGCUCCUUUUAUUGGAGGGGACAUCUAUGAAUAUGUGGCUUUUGGUGUUUACUCUGUACUAGCUCUCUCUGUAUUCAUUCUUUAUGUACGAUGCACUGCCAUCGAUCCUGCUGAUCUGGGAGUAAUUAUUGAUUGUGACAAGACAUCUAAGAAUAUGUCAAAACUUGAUGAAGAGUUGGCAGAACCCAGCAAGAUAGGACUAAAGGGUGAAGGAAUGUCUGAUCGGCAUAAUUCAAAUUGGUGCUCCAAACUUGGAUGUUUCUUUUGUAGUUUCCUUGUUAGAGAAGAUUGCCGAAGUAAUGAAGAUAUUUUUCUACAGCAACAAUCUGGAGAGGAGGAUGCUUUGUUCUGUACUUUGUGCAAUGCUGAGGUGCGAAAGUUCAGUAAGCAUUGUAGAAGUUGUGACAAAUGUGUUGAUGGAUUUGAUCACCAUUGCCGGUGGUUGAACAAUUGCGUUGGAAGGAAGAAUUACAUCACAUUUGUGUGCCUUAUGGCAGUUAGCCUAGUUUGGUGCAUGUUACAGCUUAUAGUUGAAUGUGGAGUUGGGAUUGCUGUGCUUGUGAGAUGCUUUGUUGAUAAGAGGGGUACAGAGAAUCAAAUAGCUGAAAAGCUUGGAGCUGGAUUCUCUCGGGUCCCAUUUGCUACUAUAGUGGCUAUAUGCACGGCAGUUUCUUUCCUUGCAACUAUACCUUUGGGAGAAUUAUUCUUUUUCCAUAUGAUCCUGAUUCGAAAGGGUAUCACAACUUACGAGUAUGUAGUUGCCAUGAGAACUCUAAGUGAACCACCUGGGCCUUCAGUUGAUGGGGGUGAACAACACAGUCUACCAUCUUCUCCUACUAGUUCAGCUGUCACUGCAAUAAGUGGAAGAAGCUCUGUUGGAAUGAGUUUGCAAUACAAAGGUGCUUGGUGUACACCUCCAAGAAUCUUUAUGGAUCACCAGGAUGAAAUUAUACCACAUUUGGAGCCAGGACGCCUACCGUCCACUGUUGAUCCUGAUGCAAUACAACCACCUGACAAAGGGAAAAAAUUGAACCAGCGCCCUGUGCGAAUAAGUGCGUGGAAACUUGCAAAAUUGGAUUCUAAUGAGGCGGCUAAGGCAGCAGCUAAAGCUAGAGCAUCAUCAUCUGUGCUUCGUCCAAUUAGUUCUCGAUCUCAUGCAUAUGAUGUUGAUCAUUUAUCAAGUAGCAAUGUGAGUGGAAGAAGCAGCCCAAUUAGCAAUCAAGGUUUUCAUAACAAAUAUGAUACAGCAGGGACAUCAAGGUUAUCUCCUUCCAAGAGCUCAUACCCUCCUAGUCAAGCAAGCAAGGAAGAUAUAGAUACAUGUCAACACAGUAUGAGUAACUACAGCAGUCCUCAAGUCUCCAACUUAACUCCUUCACCAAUGCAGAAUCCAGGUUUGAACAGAGAUCAUUUCAACCCCAUGUAUCAACAACCAUCGGGAAAUCAGUCUCCUUCCUCAGCAAAAGAAAGUGAAGGGAAUAUAAAUCCAAUUCAUGAAAAUGCUGCACGUGUACCAAUGAGAAGUAACAGCUUAGCUGUUUCAGAAAAUAGAAGAUCGUCCGUAUUUUGGGAUCAAGCAGCUGGGCGCUUUGUCUCGUCCUCUUCCAGAGGUCAUGGCAGUUCCCAGAUUCCUGGAACAGAGUUAUUGUACACUGGUCGUUCUAUAUUUUUUGGCAGUCCCGUUGUGAAUGAACAGCCAACUACGGGAACAAGAAAUAACAGCUCAGUAGCUGUUAUUCCGGAUAGAGAUUCUACAUUAAGGGAUUUGCAGCAAGGUAGAUCACAUAGAGGUGGCCAGCUUCCCGUGUUUGUUCCUGGUUAUUCCCAGCAAAAUAAGUUCUCUUAGAUUGCCUGUGUCCUUGUCUAUUAAUUUGUCACGGCAAUUUUUUCCUUCUCAUCUUUUUAAAAAUCCUAAGCAUAUUAUCUUGCGCUUUUAAUUGUCUGUCUUUUUACUCCUUGUUGCCACCGUGUGUGGUUUAGUGCAUUCGUCAUUCCAUCUGUACAGGCUAAUGGAUCAUAACCUUUUUCUGUACAAAUUUAUUGACCACUA